CUAGUAGUGAUCAUCAUCAGCGACGGCAGGAAGAGCAGCAACAGCUAUCCCCGCUACCGAGGCUGCUGCUUCCCGUGCUCUGGAGCUCUAGUAAACUGUGGAGGGGUGGGAGGGGCAUCCUGGGAAACAGCCGCCGCAGCUCGACAUGGGUCUCUGGCUGGGCUGCUUGCAGCCCCUGCUGCCAACUCCGUCGCCCUAUCACCCCUGAUUCCAAACCACUCUCCCGGCCCUCGUAGCGGAAAUUGAGGGGAGGACCGGGUCGGGGGUGGCCGCUGCCGCCCUCCUUCUGUGAGAGGGAAGGGGGAGUCGCUCCUACCCCUCUCGGUCCUUGCAGCCGCCCCCCUCCGUUCCCUUCUCCUCGCGCGCUCAGGCCCUAAGUGGAGCCUCGGCGUUCCCUCUGUUGCCGCUCCGAUGAUGGAUAGGAACUACCCGGCGGCCUCCAGCUACCCCGAUCCGCUGGCUUCGGUCACCGCCGCCCCCGUGUCCUCUCAGCCCACCACCGCCUGGGCCUACGAACGGGGCACUAGCAGCCUCAAGCCCAGUUUAAGCUAUGGAGGAGGGCAUUCCACACACUCAGAAACUGAUGUUCUUCACAGACAAACAUAUACAACUUCUCAUCAGCUUCCUGCAUAUGCUACUACACCCCAUCCCACUGGCCUUUGUGGAAUUUUUGAUAACACUAUGCACAGCGGCACUAGCAACACUAAAGAAACAUCAGUUAUGAAUUUUCUCUCUGCAAUUGAAUCCCGCAAUGCUCAGGCUGUUUCUUCAGGAACUACUCUCUUACCACAGUUCAGGCCUCCAACAUGGCAGCCAGGUAUGCAUUCAUCAGCUGAGCUUUUUGUUACUGGAGCCCUGCCAGCCUCUGGAACCUUUCCACCAACUUCAGCUUAUCAGCAUCCCAAUACUUUUAGCAGUAGAAAUUUUGCUACUACUCCCUCUCUAACACUUCAAGACACAACAUUCAGUGCAACAUCAAAUGGUCUUCUGACUGCCCAUGACCCUUUAUUGCAGAUCAAGACAUCCCAGGGCACAGUUCCCACUGCAUUGACGUUUGAGCGUCUGGGCAGUUCUGUGUUAAGUACCAGCAUACCCCCCCAGUCUUCAACAUAUCGCUCUGCUCAGGAGUCUGCACCCCAUCUCUUGCAGCCACAGUUCAGUUUGUUGCCUUCAUCACUUGGAGGAGCUCAGCAGGCUCCACAGGUGUAUAGCUCAUCUCUGUUUACUGGUUCCACUGCCUCCAUUGAAAGAGCACUGCAGCGAGAAUGUAGUGUUAUCAAGCACCAUCAGCGGCCUUCAAGCACACAGUCUGUUCAGGCACAAAUAACUGGUUCCCAGCAUUCUUUACACAACUAUUUAUCAAGCGCAAGUGGAACUGAUUUUCAAGAUGCGUCCCGUCAGUCAUCCCUAUCUUGUAGCCCAGUUGGUGAUGCUACUCAGGUAAGCAAUGGUGGAUCACAGCAGAAGACCUCUCAAGUUUCAGUGGAACUUGCUCAAUCAUACACAUCAGCAAUUCCAUCACCUGGUUUCCCAUCUGUUUCCACUGCAAAGGCAAAACACUGUUCUACAAAGCAGCCACCGAGAUCAACAAAACCCCCUAAGUCGCAAAGUGUUGCCCCUACUGUGCAGACACAAAGCUUUUCCAAAACUGCACAAAGCCAGAAUUCUGUAAUAGCAGGUCAAGCACAAAUCUAUUCUACAGCACAGCUUCCAAGCCUCUUGUCAGUAAGCCAGUCGCAAAACUAUGUUUCAACACAGUCGCAGAAUGUGCCAUCUGUCAGUCAUGCACAGGUAUUCUCAACUAUCAAGAUUGAGAAGCUGCCACCAUUGUACAAAACACUUGCUUUUGCUGGGCAAUCACAAGCAAUUACUUCAGAUAGCCAGACACUAAGCUAUUCUUCUGAUCAACAGGUAUUAAGCUCAGUUUCAAAUGGCAAUUACUCUGGGCAAACAGAUCUUCCUUCAGACAGCCAAUCUCAAAAUUACUCUUCUAGUCAUUCUCAGGGUUUGUCAACUGUUAGCCAAUCCCAAGUUAACUAUUCAUCUCAAUCACAGGUUUUGUCGGUUAGUCCUUCAGAAACAUAUACAACAGGGCAAUCUUUGACAUUAACGUCACCAUCUCUUCCAUUUUCUUCUUCUCAUGUUCAAAACUUGUCUGCCUCCAGCCCUCCUCAGAACUAUAUUUCUCUACAUUCUCAGGCACAAGAGUCAUCUUCUCCACAGUCUCAAAAGUUUUUGCCAGUUGUCCAGUCGACGUCUUUUGCAAUGCCAGCUCAUUCACAAGCAUUGCAGAACAACAGAUCUUCCUCGGACACAAAGUCAUAUAUUAAAAGGAAGUCUGACCCUAACUUGUAUCAAACAUCCAAACAAGACGAACAGUUCCCAAUGCAAGACAUGCAGACAUUGCAACAACAAACAUCUCUUGAUUCCUCCACUCAAAGGCUAACCGAUGGUGAAGUUCAUGCUCAGGAUACAGCUUACAAAGUUUCCAAAGCAGAUAAUCGGUAUUCUCAAAGUGUAAUCAGGAGUAACUCUCGCCUUGAAGAUCAAGUUGUUGGGCUUACUCUUCAGGGAUCAAAAAAAGAUGAAAGAAUGGUUGGUUCUGUGGCACAGCUCACCCAACAAAUUGGCCAUAUCACUAAUGUAGUAAGCCAUGAUAUUAAAAAGGCAGCUAAUUUAUUGCCGACAAACCAAGUAAAUGUAAAUUCUAAAGAACUAAGUCAACAGCAUUCUGUUCUGCAUAAGGUACAUGAUGCUAAAGUGUCAGAGCAACAGGGCCAAGUCAUUAGCACACCGCCACAGCUUCAUGCUCAAGCCAUAAGGCAUAGCCACCAGCUGUGUUUGCCUAGUGCACAGGUACUUCUAGAAUCUGCCUGUGAUUUACAAAUGCUUCAGCAGUCAAUAUUGCAGUCUGGCUUAGGGCACACAAAAGGUUCUUCACAAGUGCAACAUAUUCAGAGUUCUCAGCAAGUGACUCACCAAUUCCUUCAGGUAGAUGGUCAUCUGAUUCAGAGUAAUGGAGGACAUUCUCAACAGGAGCUUCAUUCUCAGAACUCUGAAAUUAUGAAAAUGAACAUAUCUGAACCAUCAAAGUCUCUACAUCCACACUUGACAUCAAAAGAUAAUUUUGUGCGGCCAAAUCAUGAGUCUAAGAAUCAGUUUGUGUCUCUUAGUUCUGUAUGUUUUCCAGAGUCUAUGCUUCUCAAUGAUGAGAGGAAUAUACUGUGUAAUGUAGAUGAUAUUUUGGCAGCAACUGCUGCAGCUUGUGGUGUAACGCCAUCUGAAUUUGCCAAAUCUACAUCUAAUGAAGAAGAAAUCCAGUCUCUUGAAAAUGGGGACAAGUCUCAGUUCCAGACCAUAGAUGUCAGACAUUUGACUCCUAGCUUCAACUCCUCAUCACCUGUUGUUGGAAAGCCAUUGAGUAUAAACAAUAUUUCUUUAAAUGGAGGCCAGGUUACACUAAACCUGACAGCAAUGCCUACAGUGCAGUCAAAAAAUAGGAGCCUUGACCAACAACACACUGAGGCUCCUGAUCAAAGCAUUCCUACGAGAGUUGCAACCUCAGUGCUUGAACAGAGGCAGGAACAGGUUCCUAGCUUAGUUAAGCAGCAAUCUAGCAUCAGUAAUGAAUCUGAAGAUGCAAAUGGUAUUCAUAUGGAUGGUACAUUAAAUGUGAAAGUUAUAGAGCUUGUUUCAAGUGGUAGGGCUCAAAAUGAAGAGAGUGCAUCAUCAAGUGGUUGUUUUAACAUGGAGAGCGACAACACUAUGACAGGAAGCAAGGCUAAAGUUCCACUGCAACCAAUAUCUGUGCAACAGCCAGGUGAUGAAAACGGUAACAAAGCCGAAGGCAGGAACCAAGAUUUAUCACAAGAGGACCUUCAGAAGCAAAAGGACAGAGGACAAAAUCAGCUUAAAAACAGCAAUGAUGACGACGUGCAUCAGAAGCAACUGAAGCGAAGUGGACAAUGCAAACGUCAGAAUUCAAGAGGAACUGAUGUCAGCUUGCCAUAUUCUCCUGUUCCUGACAGCUGCCAUGAAACUUACCAGCAUCAAGAAAAAAUGAGGCAAAAAAUCAAAGAGGUGGAAGAAAAACAACCAGAAGUCAGAACAGGAUUCAUUGCAUCUUUUUUAGAUUUCCUAAAAUGUGGACCCAGACAACAGUUUUCAGCUCCUGCUGUACGUGUCCCCAGUCGUACGAGGAAACCUAUAACCCCAAUUGUUAGAGUGCCUUGUCCACAUCCGUUUUCAAAGCCUCAAGCAACACCAGCUUCUGUGCCACUUGAGAGCAGUGUUGAAAGUUCAAACGAAAAGGGUAAUGAAGAACUGAAGAAAAAUUCAGAAGCAUUGCCUUCAUUUUCUUCAGAUGAAGAUUCCGUAGGGGCCAACCAGGAUCUUCAAAAGUCCAUUACUUCUGCUUUAUCAACUUUGGAUGAUGCUUCUGAUAAAAAGAAAAAGUCAGAAAUGGACAGAGCUGUUUCUCAUGCCGCCACCAAUACUGAUGAAAAGAAGGAAUCUUCUGAUACAUCUAGUUCUAUGGCAGAUUCUCGGGUGAAAAUCUGCUUAACACAACCUGAGACAGACCAGCUUGCAAAGUCACAGGAAACUGCUGCAAUAGAAGGAUGUAUUGAGGAUGACAAUGGAGACAGUGGAGGAGAGGGCAUGUACAGGGAACGUGAUGAAUUUGUAGUGAAGAUUGAAGAUAUAGAAUCUCUAAAGAUUGCUUUAAAAAUGGGAAAGGAGCCUCCAGCCAUCUGGAAGGUUCAAAAAGCUUUGUUGCAGAAGUUUGUUCCUGAAGUGCGAGAUGGACAGAGAGAGUUUAUAGCUACUAACAGUUAUCUUGGGUAUUUUGGGGAUGCAAAAUCAAAGUACAGACGUGUUUAUGUGAAGUUCAUAGAAAAUACAAACAAGAAAGAGUAUGUCAGAGUGUGUUCCAAGAGACCAAGAAAUAAACCUGUACAGCCUGCAAGGACUGUUCAUUGUAAGCCAAGCACAAGCAACAAUAAAAUUCCUGAUCCCCCAGCACCAAAAACUGCAACUAUAACAACAAAAGUGUCUUCAGUGAAACCCAAAGCUAAACAGCCAAAGAUAAAGGCUGAACCACCACCAAAGAAAAGGAAAACAUGGAAAGAAGAAUUCCCGUCUGCCCCUCAACUCCAGAGUGAUGAGGAAGUUAAGUGCCACUAUGUCAAAAACGCUGGGCCUCCAGCUCCCAUUAUUGCUCGUUUUUUGAACACCAGAGCUAUGAAGGAAACAUUUAAAAGUUAUAUGGAACUACUUGUUAGCAUUUCCUUGGACCCAGAUACAAUGCUGGCAUUGGAGAAGAGUAAUGAUGAGCUGCUUUUGCCUCACAUGAGAAAAAUUGAUGGCAUGCUAAAUGACAAUAGAAAAAGGCUGCUAUCCAAAUUACGUUUAGAGCGUUCAUUCAAGGCUGCUUUGGAGAGCUUUCCGGAACUGACAAUAAUCAAUCGUGAUUCUAAAACAAAAACUGGGGUGAGUGCAGUUCCUAGAAUCAAAAUGAAUGGUAAAGCUUAUAACAAGAAAACAUUGAGGAUUUCUAAAGCAAACUCAAAAUUAGCACAGGAGUUUGCUGUAGAUCCAGAAAAAAUACCACUGUGUUCUUUAUAUCACUCACUCCAUCAUUACAAAUACCACAUGUUUCUGAGGUGUAAAGUAGAGAUUUCUUCUGUUCAAAAGAAGAAUGCAGAACUAGGCCAGGAGGAGAUUGUACAGCAAUGCAUGAAAAAUAUAAAAUGGGUAGAAGACCUGUUUGAGAAGUUUGGUGAACUUUUGAAUCAUGUACAGCAGAAAUGUUCAUAAUAACUGUGGCACUUGGGGCAAAGUUUUUUUUUUAUAUCACUCAUCAAGAGCAACUGAAAGGUCAGGGAAGCUCUGGUUAGUCUGAUCAUGCCAGACUUUAUUCUGAGUCAGAGGAAUUCUUAGUGUUCUUGGUCUGUGGCUUCUGAUGAGGAAAAAUUAUGCUGCCAUGCAAAUGGAACUACAAACAAACCUCACUGAAUUUUUAAUCUGAAGAAUGAUUUUUCCAUUUUGUAAACUCUUGUAUUGAAAUGACUUAGGUUUAUUUUUGACAAGUGAUCAAAGCAUGCACUAAAUAUAUAUAUUUUUGGGCUAUGGUGAAAAUAAUACUGAAAAUAUCAUGGCUUUUUCUGACUCUGAACAGUAGGAAGAGUCUGGGUAGUAAACAAAUAUUUACAUUUGUCUGACUUAUCAAAUAGAGUCUUCUACAUUUUGCAAACAGAGCUAGUAUGACAUGAAAUUCUGUAUAUAAAUAAUCACCAUCACACAUUCAGAAAUGUCAUUGUGCUUUAUGGACUCCUUUUACUGCUGUUAUGUUCAGGAGAUUGAACAUGGAGUUGGUGCAAUCCUAUGACUGCUAUUUUGUGUCAAAUUAUAUUGUAAUGAAAGACAAUGACCUUAACUAUGUUCCCCUUUUUUAUUUUUAAGAAAAACAUAUUUUCCUUUAUACUGUGCUUUUUUUCCCCUUUGGAAAAAAAUCAAUUGUACAUUUUAUCUCACUAAUAGUUGUAUUUUUCACAGAGAAAAUAUUGUGGCUAAAAAUUGUUUUGUGUAUCUUUGUAAUACACUUUUCAUUGUUUUCAGUAAAUCCUGUUCAUUUUUAUAUAUUAAUUUCACAUUGUAAACUAUGUAUCUUGAGAUAAUUCUUUUGUUUAUACCAGCUUCCUUCAGUGUUAACCAGGAAUAAGACAUACUAGACUUUAUAAGUUUGCUUUAUAUGUAUAGUUGUGUUUAAACACUGCAUUUCAUUUUCUGAGGCAUGAAAAUAAAUUUCUUACUAAAAUACCAUGAAUAAUGAAAGUUUCAUUGAACAGCUAUUACUUUUGUCUUCUGGAUACUGAAGAUUGAUGAUUUAAUAAACUAUAUGCAGUGUUAAACACAACUGACAUUGACUUUUUUUAGAAUCGGUAAUGGCAGAACUGUUUGGUUCUCAGUGCCUUUUCACAUGUUCAGACGUGCUUUUGUCAUUGUUUUUCUCUGCUGAGUUAUUUUUUAAUCAGUAGGACCAGUAGUCUCACUUAGACUAAAAAUGUGUUAAACUCAUAGGAAAGUUUCUUCAUUUGCCAACAGAAUGCCUUACCUCAGUCAUUGAUUCAAAAUGUGUAAGUCCUCUGCUUGGAUUUGUGAAAAGAUUAAACUUGUGCUUUCGUCAGAUAAUAUAUAAAAAUAAUUCAUUUGUUCUUUCACUGCCACUUAGUGCCUUAAUUUCGACCAAGAAAGCAGGAUUCCUCAUUCAGUAGCUAACCGGGGUAUUUUUGUAUGUAGCAUGGUGUAUUUUCUUUAGUUGUACAUAUGUUCAUUGCACCUUAGAUUUGUAAAAUAUAAUGAAGGGCUGUGAUACAAGCAAUUAAACCAGGAUUUCAAAAUAUCAAAGGACAACAUUCUUUAUCUUGAUAUCUGUUAUGUAGGUUUACCUCUGCAUUUUCAAAGGGUUUUUUAUGUUUGAUGUGGUGGUACUCCAUUUCUCUAAGGGGAAGAAAAAAAUGCAAUAUUUUUUCGUAAAUUUCCAUUGUUUUUUGUCUUAAAAUUUCACCAUACUGCACUUGCCUUGAAAAAGCCAGGCUGUAUUACUGUGACUAAUUUGCUGGGGAUCCAGUGGUCCUGUAGAAGAAUUAAUGGUCUAGACUCAAGCUCUACAGCAUUAGGGAAGCAUUUUGAUCCUCUGCCUAAAAACAUUUUGGGCAUUUGUCUACCUGCAACAAAGAAGCCAAUACUGCUGAAUUAUUUUGGAAGCCUCCCUGCAAACUAAUGUACAUCUUAACCCUUCACUCAUACUUAAGGCUGCAAUCCUUCAACCAAUUACCUAAGCCACAAUGAGCUCUAUGGGGCUUUGAGUAACAGGUCUAGGAUUGUCCUUUGUGUUAGGAAGAGAUUUGAAAGUUCCUUUUAUAAUAUAGAUGCAGUAUCCUUGGAGCCAUCACAUAAAUAAUCUCCUUAGGUGGAGGAGGAUAUAGAAGGAAGGCAGAGGUGGCAUCUUUCUCAUGUUGGAAUUAAAAUAUUUAAGAACUAGUCAUGGAAGGUUCACAAAUGUAAAACAAAAUUGUAUAGCAAGGGUGAGGAAUCUUUGGCCCUCCAGAGGUUGUUAGACUAACUCUCAUUACCUUUAAUUAUUGGCCAUGCUGGCUGGGAUUGACGAGAGAUGUAAUACAGCAACAUCUGGAAGGGCAAAGAUUUCCCAAUCCUGUUGUCCAAUGAAGUAAUAUACAUCAACACAAGCUUAUAGAUAAAUUGGUUUAAUAGUUAAACAUUAAUUGAACAAAAAAGGAUGGGGAUUGCACUGUUUUACUGAGGGUGCAAUCCUGUAUGCACUUACCUAGGAAUAAGUCUCAUUGAAAUCAAUGGGACUUACUUCUGAGUAACUUUGCAGGAUUAGGUAUUCACCUUUUUAUUCUUAGGACGAGUAGAUGGCAACUUUGUCAAGUGAACAAUGCAUAAGAAGCUUUCUUGGGAUUAUGGAAGUAGAACAUAAAAUACACUUCUGUCUUGCUAGACAGAUGACGUUCAAACUUCCUGUGUUCAGAGAACCCUUUUAAGUUGUUUGGCCUCCCAUGUGUUUCAAGGAAUGACUAUACAUUGCAAAAGGGGUCUGUUCUAGGGUACAUAUUUUAUGUAGAACAUUAGUGAGGCCUAUUAGGCCUAGCUGUUGCCCCAUAUCCAGUGGGUGCAUCUUUGAACACACCCAACAUCUUUUGUGGCUGUGUAUUGCAGGGAAAGCUCUGCAGCUUUAGGAGGCUGGCCAGGUGUAUUCCAGGAACAAUGGUCCACUGACUUUUUUUUUCAUGGAGGUGCCUCUGAUAAGCUUCCAGGGACGUCUAGGUUUCCUGUAAACAAAGAGAAAACGGCUGUGCUAGACAGACAAUAUGUUAGGUAUCCAAAAUGCAACAAUUUUAGAACAAAAUGCAAUUGGGCAAAAUAUGAUUUAAAUAGCAAUUUUAGGUUUCUUAUAACACAUUAAAGAAAUAAAAGAUGAUGGCCACCACAGUCAAACCAGUAUUUCCUGAAUUCAGUGUAUAUGUUUUGCAACAAUCAGGAGGCAGAGUUAUCAGCAAUGCUACUUGAGAAAUACAGUGGAUUGUUCACUUGAUAGAGACAUUUUCUAACUAUUCUGGGGCACCACAUAAAAUCUGGAUAUUAAAUUCAGCUUGGACAACAGCCUUCUACUGUAGGGCCGCACUCAUAUGGCAGGCUAUGUUCCGGACCCUUGCUGAAAAGUGGAACUCAUUGAAUGGCACGCGAAGGCCUGAAAACUGCCGUAAAAGCGUAACAAGUGCCGUAUGUGUGGGGCUUUAGUCUAAUUGAGACCACCGCAUUAGCAAAGUGCCGUAAAGCGGGGCCCUACUGUAUAUUCUUCCUUCCAAGGGCCCCUGCAAAUAGUAAUUUUUGAGAGUACGCUGGAGAUCCUUUGGAGAAGUGCCGGUGCACUCACAGUAAGUAGAGCUGCAGGUUUUAAGCAGCUGAAAUGCCUAAAUAAGUUGAAACCUUGACAUUUGCUUCCACCAUAGUGCAUUUAGGAUUAUGGAGCCAGUGUAGUGUAGUGGUUAAGGUGUUGGACUACAACCUGGGACACCAGGGUUCGAACCCCCACAGAGCCAGGAAGCUCACUGGGUGACCUUAGGCCAGUCACUGCCUCUCAGCCUCAGAGGAAGGCAAUAGUAAACCCCCUCUGAAUACACCUUACCAUGAAAACUCCAUUCAUAGGGUUGCCAUAAGUCGGAAUCGACUUGAAGGCAGUCGAUUUACAUAGCUGAUUUUAAUAUUACACUUCAGCAUACAUUGUGCACACAAAAUGCAUUCAUGCCUCUGCGUUCUUAUAAUAUUGCAAGAAUGUGGAACUGACUGAUUACAUAUAUGCAAAUGAUUUCCAGAUGUUCAGUACCCAUUCAAAUGUAAUAUAUGAAGUGGCCCUCUGAUACUAUUUUUAAUAUGGUAACAAUGGGGGCAAGUGAACAAACACUGUGUAAAACUAAAUAAUUGCAUCUUUAGAUUGGUAGUCCCAGCAAGCAUUGUUUUGUGUCCAGAUCUCUGUAAAGAGUCUCUGAUCUUUUCAUUUUAAGCUUCAGCUUAUAUAAUUGGUGAUACAACUGGAUUCUACAGCGUCCUUUACCAGGACGUUGCAUACUUUCCCUUUUGCUUUAAGUAAUAUAUGUUAAAAAGGAAAGUCAAACUGUCUUCCAAUAAACAGUCUCCAUAGAGGAAAUAUAUUUUAAAUAUUUAAAAUUUUACUACUAUUUAAAAUAAUUUAAAAAUGAACAAGCCAAAAUGCUAGGAAAUUGAAAAUCAGUGUACAGUAACUUCAGUUUUUGUUGAUGAUAAUUUGGCAUCCUACACUAACGUACCUUUUUGUAUAUUAUACAGUGCACAUCCUUCUAUAUAUUCUGUUUAAGUUAAUGUUCAAUUUUCAUUAAUAAAUGUAUGGUAAUACCUAGCUUCUUAUUUACUGCAAGAAUUUAGUCCAGUUUUCAGGUGGUCCACAAUAAUGUAUAAAGUUGAAGGGGAAAAAGUCACAAUUUUUGUAUUGUUGAUUCGAUGUUACUAAACUCAUUAAAGUGAAAACACUUUUUCAAAA